AGUCCAUUAACAGAAGUCUGACAGCUCUUCAGCUUUUAACCUUGUUACAUGAUCUUCCUCAGUGGAUGGAGUUGGGACUGAAAAACACCACACACAGCAUGAGAAACCCUACUGGGAUGUCACUCUGUGUGUAAUACACACAUCAGGCCACUAGAGGGUAGUACACAGUUGAAUCACAACUGUUCAAACACUGACAAACACAAGAAGCAGUGUUAUGGGAAGUCUUAAUGCUGACGGAGCGAACAGGAUGCAUCCAGGUAAACUCGAAACUGUCGAGCUGAUCCGUGGCAUGGUGGAGAAACUGUCGACUUGUGAUUUACACAGAGAGAUCCUUGAGCUAACUUGUUGAAGCAGACAUGGAGAGCGACUCUGAAACACACAGUGGUGAAGAUACUACUCCUGAUGACUGGAUGGAAUUGGCUGAUGACAGUCCUGCUGCCAGUCCUGCUGCCAGUCCUGCUGCCAGUCAUGGUGCCAGUCAUGGUGCCAGUCAUGGUGCCAGUCAUGGUGACAGUCCAGCCAACAGUCCUGCUGUCACACAGGAACCCUCAGAAAAAGAGGAUUUUAAACUGUCCCUGAUCACCUGGAAUGUGGACGGGCUUGAUGUGGAAAACCUUCCAGAGCGUGCCAGAGGCCUGGUUAAAUAUUUAAACUUAUACAAACCUGAUGUGGUGUUCCUGCAGGAGCUCAUUGACCCUUAUGUCCACUUCUUGAAGAAACGGUUUGUCAGUUACCUGAUGAUUGAAGGUGCUGAGGAAGGUUACUUUACAGGGAUGUUGCUGAAAAAGUCACGAGUCACAUUUGUGGAGAGUGAGAUAGUACCUUAUCGCACCACUAAGAUGAGGAGGAACCUGCUUGUUGCUCAGGUGAUCGUCGAUGGCCAGAAGCUGUGCCUGAUGACAUCCCACUUUGAGAGCUGUAAGGCCAAUGCUAAAGAGCGUAUGAAUCAGCUGCAUGUGGUGAAGUGGAGGUUUAAACAUGCACCUGAUGAUGUCACCGUUGUGUUUGGGGGAGACACAAACCUGAGGGAUGGGGAGGUACCCAAGGUGGGCCUGCCUGCAACUGUCUGUGAUGUGUGGGAGCGACUGGGCAAGCAGGAGCACUGCCGCUACACGUGGGACACCACUGCCAACAACAACAAGAAAGCUUCCUACCCUGUUCGCUUCCGCUUUGAUAGAAUCUACCUCCGCCCGGCCAUCAGACGUGGAGUCCCACGUCUGGCCCCUGAUCACAUGGCCUUGGUGGGGCUGGAGAAGCUGGACUGUGGCCGCUACACUAGUGAUCACUGGGGAAUCUACUGCACCUUCACAGCUGAAUAGAACUACACAAAACAACCAAAAACAUGACAGUUAAG